GGCCCUUUUUCGUCAUUAAAUCACUCUGCAAUCCCCAAACUACAACAUGAAUUAUCCUUGCGCAGGGAGAGAAAAGGCCGCCAGGCCCGCCACUCUCCUACGAUGGACGACGGGGAUCGCCGCAGCCACGGCCGCCGAACAUCCUCCAGCGGAAACGAUCGGACCGGACAAGGACCACUGAUGAGUACAGCAGUCGUAACCCUAACAUGUACCUUUCUGAAUAACCAGCUACCGGCGCAGCCGCAGCCCGCCAAGUACAUCCCGCCGCACCUUAGGAGCCGGGCGAGUGGUUCUGGCGCUGGACCCCACCCGUCUUCGUUCCAGCGAUCCGGCGAAGUUGGUCCCACGGGGAGAUCGUCUUACCCGCCUCCAGCUCCUCCUGCUCACCGGACCUCUCGAUUUGGGUCAGAACCUGGUAAUUCUGGUAUUAAAAUGCUGAACUUCCCAAAAGAGCACCCCCAAUCAAGUCAUCCGAAACACACUAGUAACAAAAUUUUGCCCAUCAAACGACCUGAGGGAAGUACCUUUGCCGGAGGAAAGCCCAUCAACCUCCUCGUAAAUCAUUUUCUCGUCAGAUUCAAUCCAAGGGUCAUCAUUUUCCAUUACAGCCUGGACAUUAAUCAAGUAACGUCUCGCGGGAAAAGACCCGUCAAAAAGUCCAGACACAAGGGCAUCCUACGCUUGAUUAGAAAUAAAUUGUGCCUUGACGACCCUGCUCGAUUUCCACUCAACCGAACUGCUUAUGACGGCGAAAAGAAUCUGUACAGUGCAGUCCCACUUCCGACCGGCCAAUUCAAGGUAGAGCUUUCUGAUAGUGAAGAUCUUUCAGGUAUGACAAAUUAUCAUGUCUCGAUCAAGCUAAUGAACGAGCUAAAGCUUUCCAAGCUGGAAGACUAUUUGAGCGGAAAAGUUGCGCACGUGCCUCGUGACAUACUGCAAGGGAUGGAUCUCAUGAUGAAGGAGAAUCCUUCUAGAUACAGAAUCUCCAUUGAUCGGAAUUUCUACCAUUCCAGUUUCAGAUUGGAAGAUGAUUUUAAAAAUGGUGUUGCAGCUUACCGAGGCUUCCAAUCAACUUUACGGCCCACGUCACAGGGCCUGGCCUUGGGCCUGGACAGUUCGGUUAUGGCCUUUCGCAAGCCAAUGCCGGUUUUAGAGUUUCUAAAGGAGAAUAUCCCCGAAUUCAGCAGCGGGUCGGAUCUCGACCCGUAUUUGAGGAGACGGGUGAGUAAUGCGUUGAAAGGAUUGACGGUGAGAGUGACUCACCGUCUUACCAAACAGCUGUUUUCUAUAACUGGUUUGACCGCACAGAGUACUCGUGAUCUUUGGUUUGACUUUGUUGACCCGAAUGGGCGGGAACCGACCGUUAAAGUCAGUCUAGUCGAGUAUUUCAGGGAGAAGUACAGGAAGGAGAUUGUUUACGAGGGUUUGCCAUGCUUGAUUGUUGGUAGAAAUAAUCGAACGAAUCAUGUCCCGAUGGAAUUUUGUGUCUUGGUUCAGGGGCAACGGUAUAAAAAAGAGCUGUUGGGUGAAGCAGAACAGGAGAAGUUUAAGGCGAAAUGUCUGGCUCGGCCACCCGAGAGAAGGCGAACAAUAAGUGAGAUGAUGGAGGCAUAUGAUGGGCCUUAUGGAGACGUGACGAAAAAUUUCGGACUCCAAAUCGAUAAGAACAUGACAUCUGUCGAAGGUCGUGUCAUAACCCCACCCGAGUUAAAGCUAUGCACUCCCAAUGGUACCGUCGAUAUCGUUCGAGUCGAAAACGAGAAGCGCCAGUGGAGCAUGUCCGAAAACUCCGUCGUGGAUGGCAAAAGGAUCGAAACAUGGGCUUUACUCGAAUUCCGCUCGUCCAAUUCCCUCGAGCUCAAAUCCAAAGACUUCAUCAAGAAUCUCACGAACAAGUCCCGAAGCCUAGGGAUCCACAUGGAGGAGCCUCUACUCUCUCUCUCCACCGGCAUGCGCGAGUUAUCUUCCUUAACCACGUUGGAACAAUUCCUCAGGAGGACCAUUCGAGAAGCCAGCAAUAAAAGCAGGACCAAAUUGCAAAUUAUAAUAUGCGUAAUUGCAGAAAAGCACCCCACCGGCUACAAGUACCUCAAGUGGCUAUCCGAAACAAAAAUCGGCGUAAUCACUCAGUGUUGCCUGUCCGCGCAUGCAAAUCGAGGAGACGCUAAGUUUCUCGUCAAUUUGUGCCUCAAAAUCAACGCGAAGCUCGGGGGAAGUAACGCCGAGCUAAUCCAAACACUUCCCGAUUUCGAUAACGAAGGAAAGGAAGGCCACGUCAUGUUCAUUGGAGCCGACGUGAACCAUCCGGUCUCAAAAAGAUCGACGAGCCCAUCCAUAGCUGCCGUGGUCUCUACAGUUAACUGGCCCGCAGUUACCCGCUAUGCCGCUAGGGUUUGCCCUCAACACCACCGAACCGAAAAGAUCCUCGAUUUCGGGCUCAUGUGCCGCGAUCUCGUCGAAACUUAUUUCCGGUUUAAUAAAGUCCGGCCCAAGAAAAUCGUCGUGUUUCGAGACGGAGUCAGCGAGGGGCAAUUCGAGAUGGUUCUGAACGAAGAGCUCUCGGAUUUGAAACGCGCGGUGUGCACCGAAAGCUACGAACCGAAGAUCACGCUCGUCGUGGCCCAGAAGAGGCACCAGACUCGUCUCUUUGUGGAGAAUUUUCGGGACGUGGGGCCCACGGGGAAUGUGCCACCUGGCACGGUGGUGGACGUGAAGAUCGUGCACCCGUUCGAGUUUGACUUUUACCUUUGCAGCCAUUACGGGAGGAUAGGGACGAGCAAGGCCGUGAGGUACUCGGUUUUGUGGAACGAGAAUUGCUUCACGCCAGAUCAGCUGCAGAGGCUCGUUUAUGGUCUGUGCUUCACGUUCGCGCGGAGCACGAGGCCGGUCUCGUUGGUGCCGCCGGUUUACUAUGCGGACUUGGUGGCGUAUAGGGGCCGUAUUUUUCAGGAGGUGGCUAAGGAGGUUCGGGCACGGCCAGGGGCAUUUUCGUCCGUUUCGACUGCUUUUGAUAGGAGCUUUUACGAGCUCCAUCCGGAUCUUCGGGAUAUGGAAGGCGGAGGAAACAACUUCGGACGCGGCCGAGGUCGAGGCCGCGGCGGCGACGGGCGCGGGCAGCAGCAGGGCCAAGGCGGCCGGGGGCGCGGGAACUACCGGAUCCAGCCCAAUCAGGGCGGCGGAAGGGGUCGGGGAGAUGCCCCGCCGCCAAGCCGCGGUCCUCCCGCUCAGCCGCCGGCUAACCGGCUGCCGGUUCAGGCGAAUCAACCCCCUCCCCAGCAAGCUUGGAUCAGCAGGCCGCCGGGUCCCAGACAAACCGGUCCAACUCCUGUGGCUUCCUCCGGCGGAGUAGCCGGCGCUCAGUCUGGGAGGCCGUGGGGGCCAUCUGCUGCUCCUAAUGUCACUCCUGUUCAGCCUCAGCCUCAGUCUCAGCAUCUGGCCAAAUCCGGUCCACCUCCUGUGGGCCCCUCUGGCGGAGGAGCUGGCUCUUGGACUGGGAGGCCGUGGGGCCCACCAGCUGCUCCUACAGCUACUCCCGUUCAGCCUCGGCCUCAGCAUUUGGCCCAGACGACUCAUCAACCAUCCGCAGAUGCCAUUGAUUUGAAAACUCUCAAGAUAACCGAGGAGAAGCCUCAAGGGAGUCAGAUCCAAGUCAUGAGUCGACCUGACCGAGGAGGAAAGCUUGCCGUCAGGUCCAUCAAUCUUCUGGUCAACCAUUUCCCCGUCAAAUUCAAUUCAGAAUCAAUUAUCAUGCAUUAUGAUGUGGAUGUGAAGCCUUGCGGUGAAAGUGUAUCCUCAAAGAAAAAGUUGAGGAAGUCUGAAAUGGCUCUGAUCAAGGAUAAGUUGUUUUCCGAACACAACGAGUUCAGCACGGCCCUGCUGAAAACUGUUUAUGAUGCUGAAAAAAAUGUUUUCAGCGCUGUUCGUUUACCCACAGGUGUAUUCACGGUGGAUAUUCCUGAAGGCGAGGAGGUUCGGAGGGGAUCAUACACUUUCACAAUCAAGCUUGUGAAUGAGUUGAAGCUUUCCAAGUUGAAGGAUUAUUUAUCUCGUAACUGCUCGUCUGUUCCUCGCAAUAUAUUGCAAGGAAUGGAUUUGGUUAUGAAGGACAAUCCUUCCAGGAAGAGGAUUGGUGUUGGCCGUAGCUUUUAUUCGCACAAUUAUCGUCUGCAAGACGAUCUGAAGUGUGGAGUUGCAGCUUACAGAGGCUUUCAGCAGAGCUUGAAGCCCACAUCACUGGGUCUCGCUUUGUGCCUGGACUACUCGGUCAUAGCUUUUCGAAAAAAAUGCUCGGUCAUUGAGUUUCUCACUGAAAAUGUUAAGGGGUUUAAAGGAGUAGGUGAUGUCAAAAGAUUGAUUGGGGAUGUUAAUGGUGCUUUGAUAGGGCUGAAAGUUAGAGUUAACCAUCGCCGAACGAAACAGAAGUAUACAAUUGCUGGGCUAACUCAGAAGGAUGCUCGUGAUAUUUAUUUUGAUGCUAUUGAUCCAGAAGGCUUAACACCUCCAACAAGGACAGGUCUGGUUGAUUAUUUUAGGGAAAAGUGGGGCAAGGAUAUUGUGUAUAAAAAUAUUCCCUGUUUGGAACUUGGGAAUCCGAGGAAGCCAAAUGCGGUGCCGAUGGAGUUCUGCGAAUUGGUUGAGGGGCAGAGGUAUCCCAAGGAGGAUCUUGACCGAAAUGCUGCUGUAUGGUUGAAGAAUUUAUCACUGCCUAAGCCUGGGGAGAGAAGGAAUACGAUCAAUGAUAUGGUCCGGGCUGAUGAUGGGCCUAUUGGGGACGUUGUUGGAAAUUUCGGAAUGGAAAUUGUUCCCGAAAUGUCGAGUGUCAAAGGCCGAGUCAUCCAUCCACCCAAGCUGAGACUCGGGGGUACAGAACAAGUAGGAGUGGAUGCCGAGAAAUGCCAGUGGAACCUUCUCGGAAAAUCCCUCGUUCAAGGGAAACCCAUCGACCGUUGGGCCCUCAUAGAUUUCACCAAGGGUGACAGGUAUAACUGGCUCGACGUGCGGCCCUUUGUCGACACCCUGAUUGACCGUUUUCACCAACUGAAAAUCGAAAUGAAAGAGCCUCUUGUGUACCAUCACACUCGCAUGCAAGAAUUCUCCUCCAUCCAAAGACUCGAGAACCUCCUCAACAACGUCGUGCAAGAAUCUGCCAGCAUGGACAAGGAAAAGCUGCAGUUGAUUGUCUGUGUCAUGAGCAAGAGAGACGACGGUUACAAGCUGCUAAAGUGGGUAUCCGAGACUAAACUCGGCGUGGUUACACAAUGCUGUCUCUCGUCCACCGUCAAUAACAACAAGGGACGGGACCAAACUUACGCUAACCUCUGCCUCAAGAUAAAUGCCAAGCUCGGUGGGAACAACUUCGAGCUUCUCAAAGAGCCUCGAAACUCGCGCUCGGACGAUCACAUCAUGUUCAUAGGAGCCGACGUGAACCACCCGGCCGCUAGCAACUUGUCGUGCCCCUCGAUAGCUGCGGUCGUCGGGACAGUCAAUUGGCCCGCGGCCAAUCGCUACGCGGCCCGCAUGGGCCCGCAAGCCCACCGUUGCGAAAAGAUCGAGAAUUUCGGAGCCAUGUGUGUUGACUUGGUCAAAGCCUACGCUCAGGCCAACAACAACGUGAGGCCGAAUAGGAUCGUGCUAUUUCGAGAUGGGGUGAGUGAGGGGCAAUUCGAAAUGGUGCUCGGGCAGGAGUUUCUCGAUUUGAAACGAUCGAUUUGCGACGAGAGCUACAACCCGAGGAUUACGGUGGUGGUUGCCCAAAAACGUCACCAGACUCGACUUUUUGUUCAGAACGAGAGAGACGGGGGCAGGACGGGAAAUGUGCCACCUGGGACGGUGGUGGACACGGAUAUCGUUAGCCCUCGGGAUUUCGAUUUUUACCUCUGCAGCCAUUAUGGGGGUAUUGGGACGAGCAAGCCCACACACUACUAUGUGCUUUGGGAUGAGAAUGGUUUCACGUCUGAUGGGCUGCAGAAGCUGAUUUACGACAUGUGUUUCACGUUUGCCCGGUGCACGAAGCCGGUUUCGCUCGUGCCACCCGUUUACUAUGCAGACCUUGUGGCUUAUAGGGGCCGAAUGUUUCAGGAGGUGUUGCUUGGGGCUCGGUCCUAUGGGCUCGGUUCUCGUCAUGCGUCGAGUUCGAGUUCAGGUUCAUCGUCUUCUGGGGGUGACGCUUCUUUCAACCAGAGUUUCUACAACCUGCACGAGAGCUUGAAGGACGUCAUGUUUUUUGUUUGAUUAGAAAAUUCGAACUUUUUGCUCAAGGAAAACCACGUCCAAUCUCCUUUUUUCUGUAAGUAAAGGGGUUUGUGCGCGAAUCUAAAUUUUCCUGUUUUGAGGCUAUGUUUUGGCUGCUUCUUUCGUUUUUCUGCCAAGCGGUUCGUUGUGAACGAGUUCGCCUGUGGUUGCAUGAGGCAAGCUGGUCAUGCUUUGAAUGACUUUUUUUUUUUUUUUU